AUGCUCAAGUACCUUGUCUUCCUGCUGGUCUUUGGGAAGGUCGUCGUGUGUCUGCCGUCCGCAAGCCUGCAAGACGGGCAACAACGUCUUGAGCGUCGCGCUCGAAUCAAGCGUAUGCCAGCAGCCACUGGUGUCUUUGGCUAUCAGCAAGCUCCCGUGACCCCUCAACACUGCGAACCACCCCAAUCGUCAGCACACGCCGUACCCACUUGCUCGAAUGAAAUCUCCUCGCGGCUUUCCCCUCCUUUGCAGAUAACAUCGCCCCCUCCAGCGAGCCCUUUCGUGGCUAGACCGCAUUUCAAAAGCCUACGCGAGCCAUCUCUGCAGGGAUCAGAGGACGUGCCGAGGGAAUCGGGGACCAGAAAGCUGGAACAGAACGAAGAUGAGACGAAUAGCAACGAUCAAUCGACGUCUUGGUCUUUGAACAGCGAAAAUAACAGAUCUAGCUCAUCGGAAAGCACACAUUCUUCGGGUUCAUGGGAAAAUACAACCUCUCACAAGUCCUCAGAUAGCACAUCGUCUCUCAGAGCAUCAGAAUACACGACGCUGUCGGAGCCGCUGGAGGACGAGGCACCCAAAAAGUCAUGGUCAAGCCGGAGGUACUGGUGGAGGAAAAAGUUUGGUAUUCCGGCGCCUAAGAAAACAAAGACGUACACAGACGAACAGAAAAAGGAGAUUCAAAGAAUAAGGUUGAGGCUGCUCGACAUCAAGAGAAGACCCGAACGCUUUGAAAGCUUGUGGAGCGAAUACGACGAAUGGAGCGUCCAAAACUCGUUCAUGACCAUUGGACAGCGCGCAUCUUUCAACAAACAGCUGAAGCUGAUAAGGGCGGUUCAAACCGUGACGAUCAAUCUUAGUCUAAAGCGCUACCGCGAAUGA